AUGGCAGCUGCAGUGUCCCAGGGAGGCGCUGCCCCCACUACCUUCAAGGACAAGGAGAAGCCUAUGGCCGUGCGAUCAUCCAACAUUCUCGCCGCUCGAGCUGUCUCCGAUGCCAUUCGAACUUCUUUGGGACCCAGGGGUAUGGAUAAGAUGAUCCAAACCCCCAAGGGAAACACCAUUAUCACCAACGAUGGAAACACCAUGCUGAAGGAUAUGAGCGUCAUGCACCCCGCUGCUCGUAUGCUGGUCGAUCUCAGUGCCGCACAGGAUGUCGAGGCUGGUGAUGGUACAACCUCCGUCGUUGUCAUUGCUGGCAGCCUUCUCGGUGCUGCUGAUCGUCUGCUGUCCAAGGGCAUUCACCCCACCGUCAUCUCCGAGUCCUUCCAGCGCGCUGCCAACGCCGCUGUCGAGAUCCUCCACAACAUGUCCCGUCCUAUUAACCUGACCGACCGCGCUACCCUCAUCCAAGCCGCCUCUACCUCCCUCUCCUCCAAGAUUGUCUCCCAGCACUCCGGUCUUCUGGGCCCUAUGGCCGUGGACUCCGUCCUGAAGGUUGUCGACCCCAAGACCGCCGAGAACGUUGACCUGCGCAACAUCCGUAUCGUGAAGAAGGUUGGAGGUACCAUUGAAGAUAGUGAGAUGAUCGAUGGCCUGGUCUUGAACCAGCCCGUCAUCAAGAACAGCGGUGGCCCAACAAGAAUUGAGAAGGCCCGGAUAGGUCUCAUCCAGUUCCAGCUCAGCCCUCCCAAGCCUGAUAUGGAGAACCAAAUCGUUGUCAACGACUACCGCCAGAUGGACAAGAUCCUGAAGGAGGAGCGCCAGUAUCUGCUCAACAUGGUCAAGAAGAUCCAAAAGACCAAGUGUAACGUCCUUCUGAUCCAGAAGUCGAUCCUCCGCGACGCCGUUAACGAACUUUCCCUGCACUUCCUUUCUCGUCUUAAGAUCCUCGCCAUCAAGGACAUCGAGCGCGAUGAGGUCGACUUCACCGAGGACAAGCUCGGUACUGCUGACCUUAUCGAGGAGGUUCAGUCUUCCGGUGCCCGUUACGUCAAGAUCACUGGUAUCAAGGCCCCCGUCAACCCCGUCAACCAGACCGUCUCCAUCGUCGCCCGCGGUGCCAACCGCCUGAUUCUCGACGAGGCCGAGCGUUCCCUCCACGAUGCCCUCUGUGUCAUCCGUUGUCUCGUCAAGAAGCGCGCCAUGAUUGCUGGUGGUGGUGCUCCCGAGGUCCAGGUUGCUCACACCCUUGCCAUGCGUGCCCGUGAGCUCACUGGUACCGAGGCCAUUUGCUGGAAGGCGUUCGCGGAUGCCAUGGAGGUCAUCCCCACCACUCUGGCGGAGAACGCUGGUCUGAACUCGAUCAAGGUUGUCACCGAGCUGCGCCACCGUCACGCCCAGGGCCAGUACAAUGCUGGUGUUAGCAUCCGCAGCGGCGGUGUCAAGGAUGAUAUCACGGAGGAGAACAUUCUGCAGCCUCUGCUGGUCAGCACCAGCGCGAUUGAGCUGGCUGCGGAGACCGUGAAGAUGAUCAUGAGAAUUGACGACAUUGCUCUGUCGCGGUAG